GAUACCUCAUUACUGCCAAUUGAGGUAGAUGUCCCCACUCCUCAUGUGGUUUCCACUGACACCUGUUGGGUGUGAAGGGCCCUCAUUAAUGCCCAGGAAGGAAAGAAGUCCUUGCUUCCUAAUCUCCCUUCUCUGAAGUGUAGGGGUUGGAAUGCCUUAUUACAGCCUAGGGAGGGUGGAAGUCUAGGCUCCCAGCUUUGGCUUAAGUUGAUUGGAGGUGGGGGGAGGGGGGGGCGGGUUGGGGAUGCAGGCCACAAUUUUUUUGUUUGCCUGGAGUAUAGCUAUUAUUGUUUAAAAGUUUUCUGUCUUGGGGCACCUUAAGAAUCCAACUUCAGCUUGGGUCAUGAUGAUCUCACAGUUCGUGGGUUCGAGCCCUGCAUCAGGCUCUGUGCUGACAGCUCAGAGCCUGGAGCCUGCUUCAGAUUCUGUGUCUCCCUCGCUGUCUGCCUCUCCCCCACCAUGCUUUCUGUCUCUCAAAAAUAAAUAAACGUUCAAAAAAAAAUUUUUUUUUAAGUUUUCUGUCUUAUAGGCUUCCCCUUUCCUGGCCCUUUGGCUAGAGAGGACCAGCUUUGGGGGCAUGGAGGGCUUUGUGCCCAUUGGCAUCUGCUGACUGCUGGCUUCUUCAGCUCUAACUCUUUGCAAAAAAGAGAAUUCACCAUAUUUUGUUUCUCAGUUCCCAAGGGUCCUGGCCAAUACACUUUCUUCUCUCCACCUUUUAGUCUCAGGUUUGUCUUAUAUUUAAUGUCCAGGGCUUUUAGUUGUAUUUAGUGAGAGGAAUUGGGAAAAGCACAUCUCUCACUCCAUCUUCCCAGAAGCACUAGUCCUAAACUGCAUUGUAUGACAUACUUAUAGAAUCCUCUGUCUCUUUGGUUAGUGGUUUUUUAUAACAGCACAGUAACACCUAAAAAAUUGUGACCUGCGGUAACUGUUGGUAUUUUUGAGGUAGUUUAUGUGGUAAAAACAUAUACAGUUGACCCUGAAAAACAACACAGGUAUGAACUACACAGGUCCACUUUUAUGCAGAUUUUUUACGGUACUGUACUAUAAAUGUCUUUUCCUUAUGAUUUAACAUUUUCUUUAGAUUACUUUAUUGUAAUAAUAUAGUACACAUAAUACAUAUGACAUACAAAACAUGUCUUAAGUAGCUAUGCUAUCAGUAAGGCUUCCAAUCAACAGUAGCCAAUCAGUAGUUAAGUUUUGGGAGAGUCAGAAGUUACAUGCGGAUUUUUGACUGUGUGUCGGGUUGGUGCCCCUAACACACACAUUGCUGAAGGGUCAACUGUAUGUUGUUUACAAAGUGAAAUAAAAUAGGAAUAAAGAGCAUUCUUGUUAACGUUUUCGGUGUUUAUGGAACGCUAGUUGCCUCAUGUUGGGCUAACCUAAAACCUCUACUGCAUUAUUUGUAAGGGAUAUAGAGGAGGUUUAAUAGCAAAGAUGGUCUAUAUCAUGUUACUGCUAAGCCAAAGAUUCUCUUAAGUAUAGACAAUUAUACUUUUUAUGAAUCAUUACUUCAAAGAAAACUAUAGGCUAGAACAUCUGGAGUAGACAGGCGCCUGGUUGGCUCAGUCAGUUAAGCGUCCAACUUCAGCUCAGGUCAUGAUCUCAUGGUUCGUGGGUUUGAGCCCCGCACUGGGCUGUGUGCUGACAGCUCAGAGCUUGGAGCCUGCUUCGGAUUCUCUGUCUCCUUCUCUCUCUGCCCUCCCCACUCGUGCUCUGUCAGUCUCUGUCUCUCAAAAAUAAAUGUUAAAAAAAUUAUUUAAAAAAAAGAAGAGCAGGGGCGCCUGGCUGGCUCAGUCGGUUACGUUUCUGACCUCAGCUCAGGUCAUGAUCCCCUGUCGCUUGAGUUCGAUCCCCACGUUGGCCUCUGUGCUGAUAGAUCAGAGCCUGGAGCGUGUUUCAGAUCUGUGUCUCCCUUGUUCUCUGCUCCUCCCCCACUCACACUCUGUCUUUCUCAAAAAUAAACAAUAUAAAUAUCUUAAAAACCAGAUAGAAAAGAAUGAGUACUUUCCCUUGCAUAUGAAAAAAAUGUCAGUAAUAUGAACUUAAGGAUAAGGAAAAAAGAGGAGUAAAGAAUAAAUGCAAAAGAGGAGCAGGUGUAUACGUGGUUGGAAAUGCUGCAAUGGAAUUACUACUGAUUGUAUUAAUUAAUCAAAAUGAAAAAAUUUUUUCAUGAUAGUAAUGUACACUUUGUCCUGUGCUGAAAUUUCCUAGUUUUAUCCCCAUAUAAGCUUCAUGAAAAUUUCCUGCUUUUCACAGCCACUUUAGAUAUUGACAAGUCUAUAAGAAUGAUACACACUUUUGGUUUAUCAUGUUUGCAUUCAGUAUCAGAAAACUCAAAGCUAAAUACAAUGCCUAGAAGUUCUGUUAGUUCACAGUAUACAUGGUUAGUAUUUGCUUACUCUUCCCUUUUCAUGCUGUUUAAUUUCUACUUUUAAAAAGCUUUAUUUCAUAUAAAUCUUUCAUAUGAGAUGUUCAUCUAUUGUAGAACUAGCCAGAACAGAACAAGUAAGUAAUGGGAUAUGUUGUUAUAUCUGGAUUAACUGAGCCUGGGCUCUCCAUUUAACAAUGUGAAAAUCCUAGUAAUUCAGAAAGGCUUUUUUGACUUAUCUUCACUUCUCUGUUGCCCCCAAGUUAGAUCACAAGUGUCAUAGGUUCAAAAGUUUCUAAUAAGUCUCUGUGAUUACACUUUUUGAAUUACAGAAUGUACAACUCCUGUACUUCCGUUAAAGUCUUUUAGAAAACUGAGUAUCUUUCAUUACAGUUGUUGAUUUAUAAAUGGAUGGUGCUUAUGAACAAUUAAUAGAAGCUUUGUAUUUAUGUAGAGAUAACAGAAGGAUCGUUGUUAUGUUAGGUCAGAGUUACAUUAGGAACCAGUGGAAUAGUUAUGUACUUGAAGAAGACAUCAGAGAUCUCUUGGUUUCCCUUAAAACUACUAGGAAUGAGGCUGUGGCAAGUGACUUUGCAAGGUAGCAAAGCAAGCUGUCUUAAAACGAAAUUUAGAUAAACGGGGCCCACGGCCAGCAUUAAAAAAAUCUAAUUCUAAACUAUAGCGUUCCUUGUUGCCAUUAAUGACCUGGGAGGAUGGAUAUAAUUACAUACCCCAUUAGAAAUUUAUAAAAUAAAGAAUAAUUUCAGGUAAACUUCGUUUCAUUUCUUUUAAUAACCUGUAUUUGUUUUAAUACCUAACUCUUCAGUGAGCCAAAAAAUAUUUGUUCACAGACUAACUUUUCCUUAAUUUUUAAAUUAGGUGACUAAUAAACAUAUCAAAAGAAUAUGGCUGCACAAAUACCAGAAUCUGAUCAGAUAAAACAGUUUAAAGAAUUUCUUGGAACCUACAAUAAACUUACAGAAACCUGCUUUUUGGACUGCGUUAAAGACUUCACAACAAGAGAAGUAAAACCUGAAGAGACCACCUGUUCAGAACAUUGCUUACAGAAAUAUUUAAAAAUGACACAAAGAAUAUCCAUGAGAUUUCAGGAAUAUCAUAUUCAGCAGAAUGAAGCCCUGGCAGCCAAAGCAGGACUCCUUGGCCAACCACGAUAGAGGAGUCCUGAUGGCUGGACUUUAGAUGAAACAUUGCCAGCAGCUGUUGUGAUGGAAAUGAGGAUUCAUCUGAUGGAAUCCCCUGAAAGCAGUAGCCACCAUGUUAAACUGUCAUGACUGUCUGGCAAGUGGGAAACAACUAGAGAAACAAAAUUGCUAUUUACCAUGAAUAAUCAAAAUAGAAGGUCUUAUUGUUCAAUCAAAAUAAUAAGAUGCAGCAUUUGUUGAGGCCUUAAGAUUCAGCAGCUUGGUAACUUCAUUAGAUAAAUAAACCAUUGUUUCUUCAA